CGUGGGAAGGUGUGUGUGUGUGGCGGGGGGAACGGGCCACUGCCAGGGCACAGCUCGCGGGGAAACUCCCAAAACAGCAACGUCUCCAAAGCACUGCUUUCCGGAAACGCAGGCCAGCUUUCCCAGGUCCUCCUCACUUGCUCUUCGGAGCGAGGAGGACUUUAAAGCGAGGGAAGGGAGGACGAGAGGGCUUCCCCCCCCCUCCCCGGCCCCGCUCGCCGAAUUCGGCGUGGCAAGAUGGCCAAGCACGUUUUCCUCACGGGACCCCCAGGAAUUGGCAAAACAACAUUGAUCCAGAAAACCACUGAAGUUUUAAAGUCAUCCGGUAUCCCUAUUGAUGGGUUUUACACUGAAGAAGUGAGAGAACGUGGACGGAGAAUAGGGUUUGAUGUUGUCACUCUUGGAGGAAGAAGAGGAAUCUUGUCUAGAGUUGGUUCUGGUCCUUCAGCAGGAAGGCACGAAUACCGUGUUGGCCAAUAUGUAGUAGACCUGGUAUCAUUUGAACAGUUGGCUCUUCCCUUGCUGAGAAAUGCUGAUCCUGGGAGUAGUGCAGUGAAAAAGGUCUGUGUAAUUGAUGAGAUUGGUAAAAUGGAGCUCUUCAGCCAGAGUUUCAUUCAAGUUGUCUCUCAGAUUCUGAGUGGAUCAGGAGUUGUGAUGCUUGGAACCAUCCCUGUGCCUAAAGGAAAGCCCUUGGGGCUUGUGGAAGAGAUAAGAAAUCGGAAGGAGGUGAAAGUCUUCAAUAUUACAAAGGAGAAUAGAGACAGCAUUUUGCAAGAUGUUGUGACAGCUGUGCAGAAUUGCCUGAAAUGAAAUGUUUGUGUUUUAUUUACCAUCUCAUGUGCUUUUUGUCUUUACUUACUGAAUAUUCAAAAGUGAGCUGUGCUGUUUCACAUUUGUGCCAGUCGUGGCUUUUCAGAAUAGACUUAGUCUGUUUAUAGUCACAACUGAAAUAUUCACCAAUACACCAAGUGUCUUUGAACACUAAAGUCAAGUUAUUAAAUUAUUACCUGUAUUGUGUCCAGACUUUGAACUGAAUAUUGUCUAAAUAUGAGUCGGGGAGGUGUUGGUGAACAAAUUCUGUACUGUAUUGCAUCAAAAUAAAUGGAACUGAUGUGGCACUUAGUCACUUAUAGC